GCGGUUCCGCACACCACGGAGAACUGGUGCGGUGUCCGGAAGGAGGACUGUCAGCAUGACAGAUAUAUCUUUUACUUCCCACUUUGAUUUUUGGUCAAGCAUUGUAGUAUGUUGUCGCAACACCAGCAGUCAGAGAAGCCACGGGCGCCGCCGCAGUGAGCUGUGCUUUCUGACACUAAUGGCUGCCGCGGCCGUGACAUCGCACUCGGACUGAUCGUCUGUCGUGACUUGUGACCCAGUUCGGUUUGAUUUCUUUGGCUUAUCUGAGUGGGAUGAUACAUCAGAAGCCUGAACACAGACCAAAGAGGGUGACAACUUAAUUCAGAGACGCUUUCUUGUGUCAAAGAAGAACUAAAAUUAGCCUUAGUGAAGAAAAAAAAAAACGGCAAACACUAACAAUGGGUGAAGUGACUGUGGAAGUAAAUGAGGAAGUGAUGAAACAGGACAUCUCGGAGCCGCUCCCACAGCCACUUCUGAUAAUAAUGUCUCCACCUCCAGCUUUCCUGCCUGUCCCUGGUGAGCCAACUAUUUUCUGGCAUAAGUGGCUGAGAGCUUUUGAACACUACGUUGAAGCGCUCGGUGAAAACGAGCUUGUCGACUCCAGUAAGUGUGUGCUUUUACAGAACUGCUUGGGCCCAGAGGGCCAGCGCGUCUUCACAACACUGAUCAAAGGAGAAGCCACAUAUGCAGCAGCCAUCGCAGUGCUGACAGAUUACUUCACCUCAGAUCACACCUCGCAGAUGUGCCGCCUUAAAUUCCAUCAGAGGGCUCAGAUGCCUGGAGAGACUGUAGAUCAGUUUGUGUCCGCAUUAGAGGAACUGUUGAGGCCUUGCAACUAUGGAGACUUACAUGACAAACUUAUCUUGGAUCAGCUGAUUGAGAAAACAAACUCCCCGCAACUUAGAGAAAGGCUGGUCUUGCAGAAGGAAACUCUGACCUUGGCUGAGGCGGUGGUUAUUGGUAAAGAGGUGGAAUCUACUUUAAUAGAAUCUGAACUAUUUGGUUUUCAUGAAGUCAGUGUGGAUAUUGGAGAUGAUUUAGACCCUCCUGUUCAAAGAAAGGCCAAAAGAGGGCGUCCUCGGCGUGGGGAGGAAAGGACAAAAACAAAACCACACUCAACUAACACACCAGCAAAAUCAUCUAGAUACAAAGACGACUACUAUUACAGCAAUGAUAAGUUAUAUUACAGUGACAACGGUGAAGAUAACGCUAAGAGCGCUGAUGAAACUAAUUUGGCUAAAACCAGAACUAAAGGCGACAGUGAAGAUAACUGUCCCUCGUCAUCAUCACAGAAGAUGGAGGAGGAAGGCUGCUACAAAUCUAGUGAUAGUGGUGAAGAGUGCGAUGAUGAUGAUGAUGAUGAUGAAGACUUUGUCAUGUCUUUGACCAGACUAAAAGGCCCCUGCUGUCCCAUCUGUAUUGACAAGCGCUUCAGAGAUGCAAACAAGCUCGCCAGACACAUGAGGACACACACAAAGGAGAAACCCUUCAGCUGCCCCAUCUGUGCGGUGGCCUUCAGCCAGUCGUACCACAUGACCCGACACAUGAGGAACCAGCAUGAUGCAGGCCAACACGUCUGCCCUACCUGUGGUGAAAGUUUAGGGAGCUUAGCAGAGCUGAAAAUUCAUAGGAGAACGCAUGCAACUCAAAUUCUGUCAUGUCCGAUUUGUCAUGAAAACUUCACUAACAACGACACUUUCCUUAAUCACAUCAUAUCACAUGACAAAAACCAGUCUACUCCCCAGACAGAGGGACCAAGUCUUCAGCUAAAUGAUGAGAUGAAAAACCAAGAUAUAAAUGACUCAAGUAACAAGGAUAACGAGAAUGAUGACAGCAAUGAUAUAGUUGCUGAAGAUGAUAAUGAAGAUGACUCUGGUAAUGGUAAUUCUCACAACACGGCAUCUGAAGUUAACGUUAAAACAGAAGACAAGGCUUCUGAUGAAGCUCGGUCUCAAGAUGGAGGCAGUAAGAAACAAAAGGCCACCUCUAAGACUAAAACAAAAGGCCAUUUCUGUCCCAUCUGUGUUGGCAGGCGCUUCAGAGGGCCGAACAAACUUGCCAGACACAUGAGGACGCACACAAAGGAGAAACCGUUCACCUGCCCGGUCUGCUCUUUGACCUUCAGCCAGUCCUAUCACAUGACCCGACACGUGAGGAACCAGCACGGCUUGGGCCAGUACAUCUGCUCUAAAUGUGGGAAAAAUGUGAGUACGUGGCUGGAACUGAAAGCUCACAAGAAGACUCACGCAGUUGAGGGCCUGACAUGUCUUGCAUGUGAUAAACAGUUCAAGGAGAAAUCUGCCCUCGCCAGUCACCUUAAACUACACAAGAAGGUCGAUUCUAGUCCUCGAAGCCUCAUCUGCGGCGAUUGUGGCAAGGUAUUUGGUCGAAUGUAUCAUUUGAAAAGGCACAUAGUGACCCAUCGCAAAGCAACAAAUGGCGAAUUUUACACGUGCCCUGAUUGUCAGAAGAACUUUGCCUUCCCGGAAGACCUGAACAAACACCUGGAGAUUCAUGUGAAAGAAAACAAUGGGACUUGUCCGAAAUGUAACGAAACCUUCAACAGUCCAGAAGAACUGGAGACGCACAUGGGGGUUCAUGAGAAGUCUUACACCUGCAGCACCUGUGGGAAGAAGUUUAAGGUUGAGUAUGCACUGAAGAAACAUGAGCAAGGCCAUGAAAACGAACUGUAUUAUUGUUCGUUGUGCUGCAAACGCUUCAGCAAACUGUCUCACUACAAGAGACACAUAAUGGUCCAUAGCAGGCGAGAAUCCAGAUGUCCACACUGUGACAGCGUCUUCCUAAAGUUAACAGCUUUGAAAUAUCACCUGCGAACUCAUACGGAAGAAAGACCCUACCAGUGCACCUGCUGUAUUGAGACCUUUGAGGAGAAGGAAGACCUCGAGCAGCACCGCUUCAAACACAGGAAAUUCAAGCAGGAGAGGCCGUACUCCUGCACCCGGUGUGACUACGCGUUCUCCACGCUGCUGGAGCUGACAGAACACAUGAGCUCACACGAGGGAGAGCAGCCGUUGAACUGCCCCAUCUGCGGCAGGACUUUCUUGAACAGGAACAAGCUGGAGAAGCACCUGAGCAUUCACACAGGGGAGAGACCUCACCUCUGCUCCAUCUGCGGCAACGGCUUCCCCUCCCACAUCCACACCGGCGAGAAGCCCUUCCAGUGCUCACAGUGCAGCAAGAGCUUCAGGUCGUCCAGCGGGCUGCGGCUGCACAGCAGACAGCACAUGGAGGUGCGGCCCAGUUACGAGUGUCCUGAGUGCGGCAGGACUUAUGGCCGCAUGACGGAGCUGAAGAUGCACCAGCGGUAUCACACGGGUGAUAAGCCGUACGCGUGCACCUGCUGCAGCAAACGCUUUAUUAGCAAAGACAAACUGAAUGUUCACAUGAGGACACACACAGGGGAGAGACCGUACUCCUGCCCCCACUGUGGACAGACAUUUACACAGACCGGGGACAGAAAUAGACACAUCAGUAAAUACCACUAA